AACCAACCCACAGCCUCCCCCUGGAGCCCCAUCACAGGCCUCAGUGGCACAGAGGGCACCAUGGCCACGGCGAACGACAGGGCUGUCCUGCAGACCAUCUUUAACCCCAGCACCCCUUUUGGGGACAUCCCAGGGUUGGAUGAGGAGGAGGAGGACAUCGAGUUGGAAGUGGAAGCUUUUCCAUUGGAGUUGCUGGAGCAGGUCCGGGACCUGGAGCUGCAGGGAGUUUCUGCAGCUGAGUCGGGAGAUGUGAGCACGGCCCUGGAGCGGUUCAGCGAGGCCAUUCGCCUGCUGCCUGAGCGCGCCUCGGGCUACAACAACCGGGCCCAGGCCCUGCGCCUGCGGGGGGACGUGGCAGGUGCCCUGCAGGACCUGGACACCGCCAUCCGCCUGAGCCGUGGGCGCGGCCGGGCCGCCUGCCAGAGCUUCGUGCAGCGUGGCCUCAUCCACCGGCUGCAGGCGCGGGACGAAGACGCUCGGCAGGAUUUCGAGUGUGCAGCACGCCUGGGCAGUGCCUUUGCCCGGCGGCAGCUGGUGCUGCUGAACCCCUACUCAGCGCUCUGCAACCAGAUGCUCUGUGAGAUGCUGGGGCGGCUGCGCAACCCCAAUGGCACUGGGACCGAGUGAGUAGGCCAGGUAGAGCCAUGCUCCCGAGGUGGCCUAUAGGCAGGCACGUCCUGGCCGGAGAAGGUCUAUCUCUGGUGUCAGAGAUCCUGUUCCUCCUCCUGGCUGGUAGCCGGGGACAGGAAGUACCGAAGUGCCUUGCUGUUUGUGUCUUGCUCUGCUCCACUCCCAAUAAACCUCCUCCUGUCCCUGGCA